AUGCGGGGACCUGACGCCGUCCCCAGCUCCUCGACCAGUUCACCCAGUGCAUCCUCCACCUCGCCCAGUAGCCCAGCCCCACCAUCCCCAUCGCUAUGGGGAGCUCCUUCACCCGGGGUACCCUCACCCUCCAUCUCUGCAACAAGAUGCCGGCACUGGCAUCACCGGCUGCCUCCUGCACCCGCUUGCCCACCCCAUCCCGCAGCACCGCCAGCUCCCGCCGCUGCCCUGCCAACCUCCGCCGCAGCCUCACCACCUCCUCCCUCUUGGCCACCAGCGCCCGGGCCAGGGCAGCUGCUCCGGCACCUUCCGCCACUGGUUCAGCAUCGGGGUCCUGCUCCCGCAGCCCCCGCAGCUCCUCCUGCAGCCGCUCCC